AUGGCAGUAAGAGCUCCAAUAACAUGGAUAAGCAUGAUUUCUUCUUCUACGGUGAAUACCUCUUCUCCCUCUUGCAAUAGAGGAGUAUUUAUCGUGAAGGCACAAGUUUUGGGACCAUCCUUCUUUGGUAAUGGAGUGGGGACUUCAAAAGUUUCAGGAAUACAGCUAUCUUAUUUCAGUAGAUCCAGAUGUAAUAGUCAUGGUGGUGGUGCCCUCGGUGCUCGGAUGAACCUUUUUGAUCGAUUUGCAAGAGUUGUCAAGUCAUAUGCAAAUGCUGUAAUAAGCUCUUUUGAAGACCCAGAGAAGAUUUUGGAACAAACUGUGAUUGAGAUGAAUGAUGAUUUGAUUAAGAUGCGUCAAGCUACAGCGCAGGUUUUGGCUUCACAGAAGCAAUUGGAGAACAGAUACAAAGCUGCACAAAAAGCUUCUGAAGAGUGGUAUCGUAAAGCACAACUUGCUCUUGGAAAAGGUGAAGAGGAUCUUGCUCGUGAAGCUCUUAAACGUAGAAAAUCUUAUGCGGACAAUGCAAAUGCUUUGAAGGCUCAGCUUGACCAGCAGAAGAGUGUAGUUGAUAACCUUGUCUCAAAUACACGGCUUCUAGAGAGCAAAAUACAGGAAGCUAAGUCCAAAAAAGAUACUCUAAAAGCACGCGCUCAGUCUGCUAAGACUGCAACCAAAGUAAGCGAAAUGUUGGGGAAUGUAAAUACAAGCAGUGCUCUGUCAGCUUUUGAAAAGAUGGAGGAAAAAGUAUUGACAAUGGAAUCUCAGGCAGAUGCUCUUAAUCAGCUGGCCGGUGAUGAACUUGAAGGAAAGUUUGCAUUAUUAGAGAGUUCUUCGGUUGAUGAUGACCUUGCCAACUUAAAGAAAGAAUUAUCCGGAAGCACAAAGAAGGGAGAGCUUCCGCCAGGGAGAACCCGUGUUGCCAGUACAAGCUCAUCAUUAAAGUUUCAAGAUCCUGAAAUCGAAAAUGAGCUGAAUGAACUGAGACAAAAAGCCAAAGAAUACUAG